AUGCAAGACUUUGAAACAAAGACCAUCGUCGUCCUCGGCGCGGGGUGGGCCGGCAUCACCCUCACCCACCAGCUCCUCAAGCACGUCCUCCCCAAGGUCCCCGAGCUGAGGGUCAUCCUCGUGUCCCCAAACACCCACUUCUUCUGGAACAUUGCCGCCCCGCGCGGCAUCAUCCCAAACACCCUCACCGACGACGAGCUCUUCGUCCCCAUCGCCCCGGCCUUUGCCAAGUACCCGACCACGGCCUUUGAGUUCGUCGUCGCGACCGCCGAGAGCAUCGAGCCCCAGUCCAACACCGUCACAGUCCGCCUGGGCGACUGCGGGGCCAAGCUGAGCGACGGCGAGGACAUGAGGGAGAUUGCCUACGACCAGCUGGUCAUCGCCGUCGGCUCCCGCGUCUUCCACAACCUGCCCCUCAAGGCGGUGGGGAGCCACGCCGAGACCUUGGCGGCGUUCCACGAGCUGCAGGCCAGGAUCGCCUCGGCCAGAACCAUUGUCAUCGGCGGAUCGGGGCCCACCGCCGUCGAGGUGGCCGGGGAGCUCGCCUCUCACUACGGGCGCUCCAAGGAGAUCACCCUGGUCGAGAAUAGCAACCUCGUGCUGGCUGAUCAGACGCAAGCCGUGCGCGUGACCGCCGAGAAGGACCUGCUCAAGCUCGGGGUGAAGAUCAUCCAUCACAACCGGGCUGAGAAAAGCGAGGAUGGGGAUAGGAGAUCGAUCCAUCUCUCCAGGGGGGGCACCAUCUAUGCAGACCUAUUCCUCCCGCUGUACGGCGUCGUCGUGAACAACGCCUGCAUCCCCCAAGAGUUCCUGGACUGGGAAGGCAACCUAAAGCUAGACGAGACCCUCCGCGUACAGGGGACACGGAACAUUUGGGGAGUCGGCGACGUCGGAAACGUGGAGGCGAAGCUUCUCGUUGCUCUGGAGGGCCAGACCGGGCACCUCGUCACCGCUCUCGAGGCCGUCUUGACCGGCGUGGGGUCUUCGAUGGAAGUAUACCACCCGACCAACAAGACCAUCAUAUUCUUCUGCUUUGGUCGGUGGCGUGCGUCAGGCCAGAUCGGCAACUGGAAAAUUCCUGGCUUCUUCGUCAGCAUGUUCAAGGGGCGGCGACUGUUUGUUGACAAUGCGCCGAGUUACGUGAACGGCAAAACCAGGCAGCCUGCUGCUUGA